AUGAAGCGCUCACGAGAGCUCCAAGAAGAGCUAGAUUCGGACUCCGAAACUGCAGGUACCCAGCCCACCAUCCGCCCGGUUUUCAAGGUCACCCAGCUCGACUCUGCCAUCGACGACGAGCUCGACUCAUUCGCCAUGAGAUGCAAUUUGCCGCCACACAGAGAGCCUCUGGCCUUCAAGACCUACGACGAGUACGAGGUUCACUACAACAAGUCUCACACAAAUCGAUGCCUCGAGUGCCGCAAGAACUUUCCCAGCGAGCAUCUGCUCAACGUCCACAUUGAAGAAUGCCAUGACCCGUUGGUGACUGUCAAGCGGGAAAAGGGGGAGCAUACUUACUCCUGCUUCGUGGAAGGCUGUGAGCGCAAGUGCAUGACACACCAGAAGCGACGGAUGCACCUCAUCGACAAGCACAUGUACCCGAAGAACUUCUUCUUCGCCGUCACAAGAGAUGGCAUCGACGGUAGGAGGUCCCUCUUAAACGACGGCAGUCACCACCGCCGCCGAUCUUCAACCAACUCGCAAGUCACAAAGGGCUCUCGGCGCCGCGCAAGUCUUCUCGAGGCCGAGGGCGCAAAUUCACAGCAGGAACCCAAGUCACCAAAGACACCAAAGUCACCAAAGGCACAGAAGGAGGAGAAGAAGCCAGACAGCGACAAGUCCCCAGACACGGAGAUGGCGGAUCUUGCGGGCGCCAUGUCGUCGCUGAGCUUUGUCCCCCCAAGCAUCCGGUUCGGACGCGGGAGGGCAGGCUUCUCCAAGAGAUAG